AGCUUUUCCUAAUGUCGUCAACUAGAAUUCUGCGUAUUGCUACGCGCGCGCAGCCAUCGGCUAUUUUCAGAUCCAAUGGACUCCGAAGCUUCACUCCCCGUGCUGCCCCAACAAUGAGCGCAACUUCUGCCAGCUCUUUCAGCACCACCAGCCGUAGUUUGUCUGCCGAUAAGGACGGGCAAGAAGCUGGUCACCACGAGGAGAGUUUCGAGGAAUUCACAGCUAGAUAUGAGAAGGAAUUCGAGCAAGUUCAAGAUGUCUUCGAGCUCCAGAGAAACCUCAACAACGCUUUUGCCUACGAUCUCGUACCUUCCCCAUCCGUCGUCGUUGCCGCAUUAAAAGCCGCAAGAAGAGUUAACGAUUACCCUACAGCCGUACGAAUCUUCGAGGGUAUCAAGGCAAAGGUCGAGAACCGUGGCCAAUACGACCAAUAUUUGGAGGAACUUAAGCCUCUCCGUGAGGAAUUAGGUGUGAGCUUGAAGGAGGACCUCUUCCCAGAGUCUAAAUAG